CAGCCAUGUCGCCUUUGUCUGCGGCGCGGGCGGCCCUGCGGGUCUACGCGGUGGGCGCGGCGGUGAUCCUGGCGCAGCUGCUGCGGCGCUGCCGCGGGGGCUUCGCGGAACCAGCAGGUGCGCAGGAAUGAGUGGAGGCCUCGCAGGCGGGCCGCGGCGCAGAAGCCAUGGAGGCGAAAGGCCUGGACCCGUCCCAGACAGACCUCAAGCUAGUGGCCCACCCGCGCGCCAAGAGCAAAGUGUGGAAGUACUUCGGCUUCGACACCAACGCCGAGGGAUGCAUCUUGCAGUGGAAAAAGAUAUACUGUCGCAUCUGCAUGGCCCAGAUCGCCUAUUCCGGCAACACGUCCAACCUCUCCUAUCACCUGGAGAAGAAUCACCCGGACGAGUUCUGUGAGUUCGUCAAGAGCAACACGGAGCAGAUGCGUGAGGCCUUCGCCACCGCCUUCUCCAAGCUGAAGCCCGAGGCGUCGCAGCUGACCCCACCGGACACGCUGGCUGCCAAGGCCGGCCAUGGCCACGAGAGCAAGCGGCAGCAGGAGCUCACGGCUGCCGUCAUCGGCCUCAUCUGCGAGGGCCUGUAUCCCGCGUCCAUCGUGGACGAGCCCACGUUCAAAGUGUUGCUGAAGACGGCCGACCCCAGGUACGAGCUGCCCAGCAGGAAAUUCUUGUGCAGCAAGGCCAUCCCCGAGAAGUACGGCGCCGUCCGCGAGGCCGUCCUCAAGGAGCUCAGCGACGCGUCCUGGUGCGGCAUCUCCACGGACAUGUGGAGGAGCGAGAACCAGAAUCGGGCCUAUGUUACUCUGGCCGCCCACUUCCUAGGUGGCGGGGCCCCCGGCUGCCUGUCCGUGGGCUCCCGCUGCCUGAAGACCUUCGAGGUUCCCGAGGACAACACGGCCGAGUCCAUCACCAGGGUCCUGUACGAGGCCUUCAUCGAGUGGGGCAUCAGCGCGAAGGUGUUUGGGGCCACCACGGACUGCGGCAAGGACAUCGUGAAGGCGUGCUCCCUGCUGGACAUCUCGGUGCAGAUGCCCUGCCUGGGCCACACGUUCAACGCGGGCAUCCAGCAGGCCCUGCAGCUGCCCAAGCUGGCCGGGCUGCUGGCCCGCUGCCGCAAGCUGGUGGAGUACUUCCAGCAGUCCACGGUGGCCAUGUACAUGCUCUACGAGAAGCAGAAGCAGCAGAACAUGGCGCACUGUAUGCUGGUCAGCAACCGCGUGUCCUGGUGGGGUAGCACGCUGGCCAUGCUCCAGCGCCUCAAGGAGCAGCAGUUUGUCAUUGCGGGCGUGCUGGUGGAGGACAGCAACAACCACCACCUGAUGCUGGAGGCCGCCGAGUGGGCCACCAUCGAGGGCCUGGUGGAGCUGCUGCAGCCCUUCAAGCAGGUGGCCGAGAUGCUGUCGGCCUCCAAGUACCCCACCAUCAGCAUGGUGAAGCCGCUCUUGCACAUGCUGCUGAACACCACGCUGAACAUCAAGGAGACCGACUGCAAGGAGCUCAGCAUGGCCAAGGAGGUCAUCGCCAAGGAGCUGUCCAAGACCUACCAGGAGGCGCCCGAGAUCGACAUGUUCCUGAACGUGGCCACCUUCCUGGACCCCCGCUAUAAGCGCCUGCCCUUCCUGUCCGCCUUCGAGAGGCAGCAGGUGGAGAACAGGGUGGUGGAGGAGGCCAAGGGCCUGCUGGACAAGGUCAAGGACGGCGGCGGCUACCGGGCGGCGGAGGACAAGAUGUUCGCGCUGCCCGAGGAGCCGCCGGUGAAGAAGCUGGUGCUGGCGUCCCCGCCGCCGCCCACCAGCGUCAUCAACAGCAUGCUGGCCGAGAUCUUCUGCCAGGCGGGCGGCGUGGAGGACCAGGAGGAGUGGCACGCGCAGGUGGUGGAGGAGCUCAGCAACUUCAAGUCGCAGAAGGUGCUGGGCCUCAACGAGGACCCCCUCAAGUGGUGGUCCGACCGCCUGGCGCUCUUCCCCGUGCUGCCCAAGGUGCUGCAGAAGUAUUGGUGCGUGGCGGCCACGCGCGUCUUUCCCGAGCGGCUCUUCGGCACCUCCGCCAACGUGGUCAGCGCCAAGAGGAACAGGCUCGCCCCGGCGCAUGUGGACGAGCAGAUUUUCCUGUACGAGAACGCGCGCAGCGGCGCGGAGGCCGAGCCCGAGGACGAGGACGAGGGGGAGUGGGGCCUGGACCACGAGCAGGUGUUCCCCCUCGGGGACGCCGUGCACGCCGGCUUCUUUGGGAUCAGGGACAGCGGCUUCGUGUAGGUGCCCGUGCGGUGGGGGUGGGUCCCCGUGGCGCUGGCCCCCCGUAGGGUGCUCUGCUGUAAAUACCCCCGUGCGCAUAUGCGUGGGUGGCCUUGCGUGGGGGAGCGAACGCACAGGAGAGAAAGACGGGGCUGCCGCGCCUUCCCUCUGCAAGCCCCCAGCGAAGGGGCAGAAACAGCAAGGGAAAGUUCCAGAAGUCCCCUCGU